GCUGGGUUUGGCACAUGAGGCCUACUUCCAACAUUUCGGCGUGGAUUCCGCUUGCCUCCGCCUGGAGAAGCGCGUGCGGCUACUUCCCGAGGAGGAGUUGGACAAGCUUUGUGGCGAUUGCUUCACCCUGGGCACCUCGCACCUCCUCAGGGUGAAGGACUUCAAGGCACGCGCCAUGCAGGGCGUGGCCGAGGCAGAGACGCAGGCGACACCGCUCCAGGCCGCAGAUGGAGAGGACAGCAUCAAGCGGGCGCUCUCUGUCCGCAGCCGCGAGAAGAACGAGAUGAUGCGCGUGCAGGGCCUCAACUCCGAGGGCGCGUGGUCGCGCCAGGCCGACAUCCCCUCGGAUCACGAGAGUGACAGGGAAGCGCCGACCUCUAGCGACGAGGAAGCCGAGGCAUCGCCGCUACGGCCAAGCUGCUCUGACAUCACACCGAGCAGGCUUGGCAUGCCUGCCCUGCUCGACGUCGCCUGUGAA